AUGGCCUCUUCUGUCCCUGGCCCUGUGCCCCUCCCGCCCUCACGCUACGACCUUUCCACCUACUGGGGCCGUGUGCGCCACUGCGCCGACAUCUCUGACCCCACCAUGCUUCUCAACUCGACAUCAGACAUAGCCGCCGCAAAACGCACCGUUUGGGACUACAAGAACGGCGUUUCGCCCAUGACGCCCGAUCUCUGGCGAGCAAAGAAAGUGUUGGACUCGGCGUUGCACCCGGACACGGGCGAGACCGUUUUCUUGCCCUUCCGCAUGAGCUCUUGUGUUUUGUCCAACUUGGUGGUCACGGCAGGCAUGCUCACGCCCGGCUUGGGCACGGCAGGAACGUUGUUCUGGCAGAUUGCCAACCAGCUGUUGAACGUGGCCAUCAACAUUUCCAACGCCAACAAGAGCCAUCCGCUCAGCACCAAGGAGAUUGCCACAAACUACGUUUUGGCGGUAUCGGCGCUGUGCUCUGUGGCUCUCGGCCUCAAUCUGCUUGUGCCUCGAAUGCGCCGCUUGAACCCUGCCACAAGAACCAUCUUGGGCCGCUUGGUGCCGUUUGCUGCGGUGGUGUCGGCCGGAAUCGCCAAUGUCUUUUUGAUGCGCAGUGCUGAGCUUCGCCAUGGAAUCAGUGUCUAUGACGAAGAGGGGAAAGACGUUGGAACUUCCAAGAAGGCGGCGUUCUAUGCCGUGGGCGAGACUGCGGCCAGCAGAGUCAUCAACGCUACUCCCAUCAUGGUGGUUCCUCCUCUUCUUUUGGUGCGCUUGCAGAAGUCGAGAUUUCUCCGGGGAAAGUCCAAGUUGGUGGAAACGGCAGUCAAUGUAGGGUUGAUUUUUGCCACGUCCCUUGUGGCCUUGCCUUUUGCGUUGGCGGUUUUCCCGCAAACCAGAGUUUUACCUGCACUGGCCCUCGAACCACAAUUCCAUAAUUUGAAAGACAAAGAAGGACACGAGGCGAAACUUUCCUUCAACAGGGGAAUCUAA